GUUCUAUUCCCACCUGAAGAAGGGGAACGGUUUUGCCAUUGUGGCAUGCGUGUUGGAAUCUGCGACCCGCGACGAGCACGCGUUGCACAAAGCCGGGAUUGAGAAGGAUGUGAUAAAGAGCAUCAUGAAAGAAGAGAGCAUUCAGGGCUUUGCUGAGUGUGUCGUCGCUCCCUCUUGGUCAGAGGGUGUGAACUACAUCAUUCAGCUCAGUGGCAUUGGAGGCCUUUCUCCCAACACCGUCCUGGUGGAUUGGCCUAUGAAGUGGAAGAGCAAUCUGAAGAAGGCCAUGGAGUUCGUCAAUGUCCUGUCUGUGGCCUUGGCGGCUGAGAAGUCGGUCUUGGCUGUGAAGGGCUUGGAGGAAAUGCCGCUCAGCGCCGUGGUCGGCACAAUUGAUGUAUGGUGGAUGAUCCACGACGGCGGCUUCAUGAUCCUCCUCAGCUGGCUUUUGCUUCAGCAUCGCCUCUGGCGUCAGUGCCACAUCAGGAUCUUUACCAUCACAGAGGGCGUGUCCGAAGAGCGGGCGAAGAAUGCGGCGGAGCUGCUGACGCGCACGUUGCGCCAGCGAAGGUUGUUUGAAGUGGAUGUUGAGGUCGUCAUUGUCGAUGACGAGAUGAUCCAGCCUUACACGUACGACUGGACGCUCCGUGUGGACCAGCGCCAUAAGUUCGUGGAGCAGCUUCAUGGGUCGAAGGCCGCCAAAGACGGCAUCGACGCCAUCCCCCUGGAGAUCGACGACCUUUUCAAAAUGGAGGAGGCGGAGGAGCAAGGCAGAGGCAAAUCCAAGAAGAAGGAGCCCACGUCACCGAA